UCCACCCCCACCAGGAAACACGCUACUAUCUGAUUUGAAUCCUUUUGCGUAUUGUACUAUGAAUUCUGGGAGGGGGGUUCUUUAAAUCUUUCCCUUUUUACUCCCGAUUCAUCCCCCUCAAAGCGAUAUUUUAUGUUAUUUUGGUUUUUGAAAGUACCGGGCACCAUCAUACAAGCACAUCUAUAUAUUUAUUUGCACAUUUCGCAGUUUAUGCUUUGUCUAUUUUUUUUACACCCAGGAGGAGGGCAGAAAUGGCGGCCAACAUGUACCGGGUCGGAGAUUAUGUCUUCUUCGAGAACUCCUCCAGCAAUCCUUAUCUGAUCAGACGAAUUGAGGAACUGAAUAAGACGGCGAGCGGGAAUGUGGAGGCCAAGGUGGUUUGCUUUUACAGAAGGAGGGAUAUCUCACACAGUCUAAUACAGCUGGCAGACAAGCAUGCCAAGGAUCUGGAGGAGGAGAAGGAAGGGCCCCGGGAGCCAGAGCUCACUGAAAAACAGAAACACCAGCUGCGCCACCGAGAGCUCUUCCUGUCACGGCAGUACGAGUCGCUCCCCGCAACACAUAUCCGGGGAAAAUGCAGUGUCGCUCUCCUGAACGAAACAGAGGCUGUUCUCUCUUACCUGGAAAAAGAGGACACCUUCUUCUACUCGCUAGUGUACGAUCCCACACAGAAGACCCUGCUGGCAGACAAAGGAGAGAUCCGGGUGGGCCCACGCUUCCAGGCCGACGUCCCAGACAUGCUGCAGGAAGGGGAACCUGAUGAAAGGGAUCAGUCCAAACUUGAGGAGAAAAUGUGGGAUCCUCAGUGUCCCCUUACCAGCAAGCAGAUUGACCAGUUCCUUGUUGUGGCCAGAGCGGUGGGGACAUUUGCCCGAGCACUGGACUGCAGCAGCUCCGUCAGACAGCCCAGCCUCCACAUGAGCGCAGCUGCUGCUUCGCGUGACAUCACACUGUUCCAUGCCAUGGACACACUCCACCGGCAUGGCUAUGACCUGUCCAGCGCCAUCAGCGUCCUUGUGCCACAGGGGGGGCCUGUACUCUGCCGUGACGAGAUGGAGGAGUGGAGCGCCUCUGAAGCCAGCCUGUUUGAGGAGGCGCUUGAGAAGUACGGCAAGGACUUCAAUGACAUCCGGCAAGACUUUCUACCAUGGAAAUCACUGACCAGCAUCAUCGAAUAUUACUACAUGUGGAAGACAACAGAUCGAUAUGUACAGCAGAAGCGACUGAAGGCAGCAGAGGCAGAGAGCAAGUUAAAACAAGUUUACAUCCCUACAUAUAACAAGCCCAACCCCAACCAGAUCUCUGUCACCAAUGGCAAGAUGGCCACCAUGAAUGGUGCGGCAGGUCCAGGUGGUUACCAGGCGACAAGCGCAGGCCGGCCCUGCGAGAGCUGCUUCUCUAUGCAGUCUUCCCAGUGGUACUCAUGGGGCCCUCCCAACAUGCAGUGUCGUCUUUGCAUUUCUUGCUGGAUGUACUGGAAGAAGUAUGGGGGGCUGAAGAUGCCCAGUCGAGCUGAAGGGGAGGAGAAGGCACCACCCAGCCCUGUGCCCACUGAGCCUCGUCCACGGGGUCACGGCCCCCGGCAGUCCUCCCACCUGGUCCCCAUGCGGAACAGCGGCAGCCCCAAGUCCUCCAUGAAGACGAAGCAGGCCUUUCUGCUGCAGGCCACCCGCCUCACCAAGCUGGCCCGCCACAUGUGUCGUGACCUCAUCAGGCUGCGCCAGGCGGCGCGCCGGCCCUUUGUGCCCAUUAACUGUGGCGCCAUAAAGGCGGAGUACGUCAGUCGGGUCCCGGACGGUGGGGGAAGGCCGGCGCGCUUCAGAGCCUCCCAGAGGAGCACCCUAUCUAGUGUCCUGCAAUAUCUAGAGUCACGUCCAGCACCCCACGCCCCCCGUACCCCUCGUACGCAUGGCUUGCAGGUCCAGCCCCCUAAGAGCCUACUUUCCUCGCUGCCCAGCCAUGGGCCUCUUGGCAUGCUGGGAAAGCGCAGCUACCACCACCACAGCAGAAUGGAGGCAACAGAGAGACGAGGAAGCAUGGGUGGACCAGAUAACUCGGGGCAUAUGGCGGGAUCCCUACUGCACAAUGGACGGAGUAGCAUGGAUGCCCUCCAGCCCAGCGGACCCAUGCUUCGCAAGAGACGGCCCAACUGGAUCGAAGCGCCCGAUGACAGCUUCUUCCUUGUAUCCCGGGAGACGAGGAGGGUCCGCAGGCUGCUCUCCCGCUCCCAGCUAAGAAGGGCCUGUAGGCAGCCAUGUGAGCAGAUCAGCCCGAGGAGGCCUCCGUUAGGCCCAGCCCAUGGUGUCCUGCAAGGUCCUCCACACCCGAGUCUGAGGACCCGGGGCCCUAUUGUCAUUCAGGACUGACCGCCCCCUCCAAGUUCCAAACCCGGGGAAACUCACUGUCCUCUGGCCAAUACGUUGCUUUUUCCUCGACGGUGAUUUUUCCCUCCGCCUCUUCUUCUCGCUCCUUUUUCCGUACCCGCCCCGUGAUUCCGAGCAUCGGCCCGAUCCGCGGGUAUUCCUCCGCGUUCUAUCGUGCACCGGCCCUGCUGGUGGCACAGUUAAUACGAAAAGAAACGAAACGCUGCUUGACACCGAAGCCGUGCUAUUGCCAGCAUUCCUUCCGCUUCCACCUGCAGGUGGACAAUAAGCAAGCAGAUGCGUUAGAAGCAAAGUCAACGAAUCCAUCCGAAACCAUUCUGGCACCUCGUUCCUUGCUUUCCUCUCGUCAUAAAAAUCGAUGUAAAUAGGCGUCAUCCUUUUCAGCCUCUUUUUUAAAAAGCUGACUUUGUUUUUAUACCGCAUCCCGGAACGAUCCAAUGGGGCCAUGCCCCUCCCCGUGGCGACAAUCAGCCUGAAUGGAGUGGCGGCUCCUGUUGCUUAGGCGACUGAUGAAUCCGCAGUAUUCUUUGGCGAAUCUAUGCAGACAAUCCUUUGUCUUUGAUUGGCAAUAGAUAAACGGAGGGUGGGAAAUCUCCAGCUCUUAAGGCUCGCUGGUUUUCCGGUUACCGUUCCUUUCAUUCGGCAGCGAAUACAUAAGUAGAUCAGUUGUUGAUGUAAGUUCGAUUCAUUGAGUUUAGCAAGUAGAAGGAGGGCCAGCACAUCCGGCGGGCCUGAUCCCCUGAUUCCCCAUCAUCAUAAAACCCACCUGCUUCUGUAAAGCUCACUAGUCAAAAGUAAAACAUGAUAUACGGUAUAUGUUUUUUUUAAUACCGUCACCGCUUCCUACCCUGACGGAUUGCAGAGUGUCCUCAGUUAGCCUAACGAUCAGUUGUUCCGCCAGAUCCAUCGGAGCUCCUCAAUU